CUGCAAAUGAUUCAGUUCAGAUUACAUUACAAGUAUAUAAGAGACAGACAUAAUGUGGGUGUCUAUGAACUAGUUUGAGCUCAACACUGCUUCGCGUGAAAGCUCUAUUCAACAGAAUAAUGAAGAUCUUGCUGGUGGCUCUUGUUCUUGCCCUGGUGUUGGCAGAUGGAUCUGCCUUGAAAUGCAACCACUGUGUUCCUCUGUCUGGAACUCGUUGCACUCCAUCGCAAGAGACCUGCGGCUUUGGAAAAGAUGCCUGUAUAUCUGCCAGGUUUAUGUUCUCACCCUUCACUGGCUUUCGGAGAUGCAGCAGUACGGCCGAGUGUCUGAUUCUUCAGAGCAACACUGCCAUAAAAACCAAAUGCUGCCAUACGGACCUCUGCAAUAAUGUUGUCAUUUAGAUCCAGUUCUCUUAAUAAAGCAAACAAUGAGGGAGAAAUAUAUUGUUUACUGUAACAGAGAUGUUUAAGACUUUCUCGUUCUUGUUUAAUAUAGAUUUUGUCAAACAAUAAAUCACGGUCCACAAUGUGA